AGAAAUGUUCAUCCCCCCGUCUCUCCUCUCUCCUGCAGACCUUGAACCUGGCGUACAGCAGCAUCUUCAGCACCUACAGGAACUUCGUGGGCCCCCCCCACAUCAAGGUCAUGUGCCGGCUGCUGGGCUACCAGGGCAUCGCCGUGGUGAUGGAGGAGCUGCUGAAGGUGGUCAAAAGCCUGCUUCAGGGAACCAUCAUGCAGUACGUGAAGACUCUGAUGGAGGUGAUGCCCAAGAUCUGCAGACUGCCCCGCCACGAGUACGGCUCCCCAGGUAUCCUGGAGUUCUUCCACCACCAGCUGAAGGACAUCGUUGAGUACGCUGAGCUGAAGACGGUGUGUUUCCAGAACCUGAGGGAGGUCGGCAACGCCAUGCUGUUCUGUCUGCUGAGCGAGCAGAGUCUGUCACAGGAAGAAGUCUGUGACUUGCUUCACGCUGCACCUUUUCAGAACAUCCUUCCAAGAGUCCACAUCAAAGAGGGAGAACGUCUGGACGCCAAGAUGAAGCGCCUGGAGACCAAAUACACGGCGCUGCAUCUGGUUCCACUGAUAGAACGUCUCGGUACUCCACAGGUACGGUCCCAUCUCCACACUCACUGAGUCCGUGAGGGUUUAGUUCUGUUGGGCUGUCAGAUCCUCGAGUGUUUGAGUCUCUCUCCGAACACUUUCUGGAAGUCUGCAUUUCUACAGACUUUGCCCAAGGCAAUUACCCACAAUUCAUAGCAAUGUGACGUUAAACACAAGAAGAAAUGAAAAUAAAAAGGUAAACACGGCCAUCCUAAACUGUAAUUCAAAACCAGUGAAGUCAGGCUCCAUGUUAAAGUAACGUAGCUCAGCUGUUCAUGUGAUGCUUUUAAUGUUCUGGAGCAUGACAUCAGAGAGGAAUUACCACGCUAGCUAACUAGUUAACUAGCCAGCUGCUAAAUAAGUAAAAUUGAACAACUUAAUUCAUCCACAGCUUCUUGUCACAGCGUAGGAAAGCACAUCGCUAUCAACAGAUAAUCAUCACCAACCACAGACCGAAUGUAAGUGGACGAAGUAACGACCACUGUAAGGCCUCCUGUUCAGCGUUUUGUCCGUCGCCAUCUUGUUUUUUUGCAACCAGUGAACAGGAAG